AGCGAGCCGUCGUUCGAGGCACUUGUGCUUAUUGUUUUCACGUUGCUAUUGUUUACGAAGUACGGUCAGCAUGUCAAAUCUCAAAAGUGAAAGAAAACGCAAAGUAAUUCAUGGCGAGGGACGCGCCAUUAUUGCGCGCGUGUAUCAUUUUCUUCAAGAAGAGUAUAAUUUUAUGAAAGCGAACAAUAUGGAUAAUUGUGAUUUGAGUCCUUUGGCUAAUAUACGAAAACGUACCGCUGAGGCUACAGGGAUCAGUGAACGCACUGUAACAACAAUUUUAAAAGAAGAGAAAGAACUGCCAUCUUCUUCUGCAAGUUUUACUUCUCCUAUGAAAAAACGACGUAAAAGAAAUAACAAAUUUGAUUUAGACAACAUUAAUCUUGAAAUUAUACGUACCACUGUGCAAAAUUUCCAUAUUGUGGAAAAGCAAAUGCCAACAUUGGUAAAAUUGCGAUCAAGUUUGAGAGAAAAUAUUGGGUUCGAUGGAUGCUUAAACACAUUACGUUUGGUACUACAGAAAUUAGGCUACAAAUGGGUAAAAAUUGGGAAUAACAGAGAACAAUUACAAGAAAGACAUGAAAUUCAACUUUGGCGUUACAAUUUUCUUAAAAAGAUUUCUCAAUACCGUUCCGAAGGUCGUCCUAUUGUGUAUACAGACGAAACAUAUGUUUUGACUUCCCACGUGCAGCAAAAUACCUGGUCGUAUCGAAAGAAAGGUCCUAAGGGCAAUACACAAUUUUCAAAGAAAGUAGACCCAGGAAGCCGAUUUAUUAUAGUGCACGCAGGUAGCAGCGAUGGUUUCGUGCCUAAUGCUUCGCUGGUCUAUAAAGCAACAUCUACAGCAGGAGAUCACUCUAUUGAUAUGAAUUAUGAUAACUAUGUAAAAUGGCUUAGUGAAAAGUUAUUGCCCAACUUACCCGAGAAGUCAGUUAUUGUCAUGGACAACGCUUCUUAUCAUAAUAUUCGAAGCAGCAAAAUACCGACCUCUAAAUCCACUAAAGGUGAAAUGCAACACUGGCUGACAGAGAACGGCAUCUCGUAUGAUAAUAGUUUAAAAAGAAUUGAACUAAACGAUUUGAUCAAAAAGAAUAAGGAGCGUUUUAUAACAUUUAAAAUAGACGAAUUAAUGAGACGAAAAGGUUUUGAAAUCUUAAGACUCCCUCCGUAUCACCCAGAGCUCAAUCCGAUUGAAAAUAUAUGGGGUAUUCUAAAAAAUCGAAUUGUCUUAAGAAAUAGAGGCCAAAACAUGACCGUUGUUCAAAGUUUGAUCAAUGAGUGCAUAAGUGAUAUAGACCAAACCACCUGGCGAAAUACAUGCAAGCACGUCGAAAAAAUUGAAAAAGAAUACAUGAAAUAUUUCGACUGUGAUUUCCAAUUUAUUAUUAAUGUCGAUGAAAAUGAAUAUGACAGUAAUGAUGAUAGUUAUGAUGACAGUGACAGUGUAGAAAUAUUUGAUGUAGACAGUGAUUCCAAUUAAUUAUAAUU